AAGCCUCUUUUGUUGCCCGUUAACCAGCACAGCAAGCUCCAAACCUCUCUCUCUCUCCUUCUCUUCAUUCCAUCAGAGAGAGCUUGAGAGGGAGAGAAGAAGAAGGGAGAAGGGCUCAACUCAACCAUGGGCUGCUUCCUUGCUUGCUUUGGAGGUCCUAAGGACCGGAAACGCCGUCGUCCGGUGGUUCCGGCGAGCCCGGCACAUCGAAUUCAUGAGAGUUAUCAGCCACUCAAACCGAGCCUUUCGCCGAAGAAAUUAGCUCCGGAGGUUGCUCUUGGCUCACCUUUGAAUCUCAGAGAGAAUCAGGAACCAGGGAGCUUUAGUAGCAAUAGAAAGAAAGUGACGUUCGAUUUGAAUGUGAAAACUUAUGAGGAUGUCUCUGUGCCUGAGGACUCGAAGUAUUCUUCUGAUGAGGAUGUCGAAAAUGAAGAAAAGGGAGAGGAAAAGUCCAGCCCAGUUUUGUGUGCUUUUCCAGCUAAUCAUAGAUACCAAAAUUGUGUAAAUAGUGAUGAUGAAGAAGAACUAGAAGAAUGUGAAGGUGCAGAAGAUGAGGAGUUUGAAGACAGUGAUUUGGAUGCGGAGGAUGAAGAUAUUGGUGUUGUUGGAGGGAAUGAGGAUGAAUCCUACGAUUCGUACUUUUCACUGCCUAUGGACAAAGAAAGAGAAGAAUUACAAGAAAUUAGUAGUCCCAAGUCAAUCAAUGAAACUUCUCCGGACAAGCAAUUGAAGAUUUUGGAUAGUAAAAAUGUGAGAGACAGGAGCCAGUAUAUACAUUCAGUGUUGAAUCCUGUUGAAAAUAUCUCGCAAUGGAAGGAAGUCAAGGUUCGUGUGACGCCGGCGAAGCUCCAGAAAGAGAACAUCAGUUUUGAGCCAGAGCCUGUAAUGAAGGUUGAAAAGCCUUCUCAAAAGAAUAGCCUAAUGAGUCCAAGUCCAAUUUCGUCUGCCAAACAAGAAGUGUCUGUGGAUGCUAGCCUUUCCACCUGGUUGAGCUCGCCUGAAAGCCCAAUACCGGAAAGGCCUCAGAUGAGCAAGUCUCAUCAGUCUAACUCAUCGCUGAGCCGGGAAGAUCAGCCUAUUCUAGGCGCUCUAACUGUCGAUGAUCUUAAGCAAUCAGUGACUUCAUCUCCUCGAAGAUCUCCAAGCAAAAGCCCCGAUGAAAUGCCUAUAUUGGGUACUGUUGGCAGUUACUGGAAUGAUUCUAUUUCUUCUCUAUCUAGUUCAGCUGCAAAAGGAAUUCCUAACACUACCAGCAAAUACAGAGAGGAUAGGAGGGUGAAUUGGCAUUCAACUCCAUUUGAGAAAAGGCUGGACAAAGCUUUGAACAACAGAGGUGCUCUUGAAACUUCCUUGAGCUAAUUGUGUGCUUGUAAACAUGUUUUGUGUGUAUGUGUGUGUUUGGUUUUGUCAUAAUUUGGGGAAGAACAUAUGGAAAUAUUAGGACUAGAUACUUGUUUAUGUAUGUAUUGGUUGUUUAAUUUGGUAUUGGAGUUGUGUAUUUCACUUGGAAAAAAGGGGUUGUAAUCACAAAGUAUUGAAUUGAUUCUUAAUAGUA